AUGACCUUUGAUCCUGGCUCACCUUGCAGUUCCGGCACUAGGGAGCAGAGGUGGAAGGAGUAUUGGCAGGCUCAGCUCAAGAAACUUCCCGUAUUGCCUAAUCCGCGACCGCGUGCUUUGACACCAGACCCGUUUCUUGGUACUGAGGCCAAUCAAGUACCCAUACCUCGUUACCAGGAGUCUUGCUUCUGGUUCAAGGUUCCACCUAACAUUCGUCGAGAUAUCAUUCGCCUCGCCUUUGGCGACACACGUCUUCACCUCUUUAUCGAUUGGGAUUACCUUGAUGUCCCUCGCCAGCCCUCCCAGAAACUUCAUUGUGACAUUGCGCGCGGACCUCUUGAUGACGAGAACAUGGCCAAGCACCGCAUCAAGCGCCUCAAAGACGAGACACAGCCAGAGAAAUGGCAAUGGUGGGGUUCACGAUGCCAUCGCGUUCAUCCCAAUGAUGAUGGGACCCUAGGCCCCAUGACGCGAGGUGGCUCUCAAGGCCCAUGGGCUGACUACUGCCGGAGCGGCGGGAGUGCAGACAUUUGUGAGGCCUGGAGACAUCAAGAUGGACCGUCAGCAUGUCACAUAGGAGUAAUGGGCUGGUUAUUGUCCUGUCGCCAAAACUAUUUCGAAACCAUCGAUAUACUCUACUCCACCAACACCCUCAUCUUGGAAGACAUGUGCGUACUCAACAGCCUCCCGAAACUGCUGUUGCCUCAGAGGCUUGCACUGGUGACCUCACUUGAGAUCACCUGGCCAUUGAAAUCUUGCAAACCGCCCGACUCGACACAGGUUUGGGAAGACCUGGACGUACCAAACCUCGACCUCUUGUUGGACUUUGUCUCAUCGUCGCAAUUUACUGCCCUUCGUCGCCUUUACAUGUAUCUUCCUCUGGAGGAUUAUCAUGAACUAUUUCCUGGCGACCAUCCUGAUCACAUGCGCACAAUCUUGAACCGUCUGGAUCCGCUCGUGCGACGAAUGACUCAUUUAAUUGAAUGCUCAUUUGCGUUACCCGAUGACCUUUUCAAAUUUGUGUUACGCGAUGCAAAGGUGGUUUAUGAAAAUGGAACCAGGACAAAAACAGGAUGGGGCUCAUACAGACAGGUCUGGAGAGAUGUUAAUGGUAAUAUGACUACCGUAAAGCUUCCGUAUCAGGAUAGCUAUCCAGGUCGACCAUACAGCAUUGUUCAAGAUGAGACAGCUACUGGCUACUGGAUCCUUGAAGGAUCAGAAGAAAGGGUAUACUUUAGUGAGAUGGAGGAGUUGCGAGGUAGGGGUGCGGUUUUUCAAAUGGGCCCUGAGCCUAAUUCAGUUGGGACUAUUUAA